CGGCACUUCAAUGCGCAUGUCUACACACGGCCACUUGCAGUACAGUGCGCGUUAGCUCCGGUGAAUCAACUUUUUGCUAAAUCAUAUUCCUCUUAUUAAUACCUACCUCUGUAACACCGGAAGACAUUUAUUUCUAGUGCUAAUUAAUUGUAGUUGAACGUCACUCACGAAAGUCGGUUACCAUGGAGCCAGCCUGGAGACAGCAAGGCAAGGGGCGUGGCAGAGGUAGUGCCGGGUCAGGGGAGAGGUCACGACCUCCACAGAAGGAGGAGAGACCCGGAGCUGCUGCUGCCGCCCCUGCUCCCACCAAACCAGCUCCUCCUGCAGGAGUAUGGGGAGGAGAGGAGAGAGGAGGAGGAGCAGCAGGAGGAAGAGGAGCAGGAGCUGGAGGAGGAGGAGCAGGGGGGAAAGCAGGGGCCAAGAGAGGAGCAGAGGGGAGAGGUAGAGGAGAGGGGAAAGGAGGAGCAGCAGCAGAGGGGAAUAAAGGAGGAGAGGGAAGAGGAAGAGGAGUUGGUAAGACGAACAACAUCCCCUCGGCAAAAAAUGAACAAAGCUUGACUGUCCAAUCGAAGUUUGAGGAGAUCAGGAAGUCAAACAUGGUUGCUGCUCAGCGAUUGGUCCAGAGCCAUUACAGCUCCUCCUCCUCCGACGAGGAAGAUGAAGAGAUUGGGACAAGGGAUGCGAAGAAGGGAAAGAUUCUCGCCUCAACCUUUACGACCUACACGGUCCAGACAGGUGGUGAUGUGAAUGGGCUAGAGAGGACCAAUCAGUAUGUGAGUGAGCUGUUCCAGUCCGGAGCGGUCACCUGCCUCAUCUGCAUUGCCUCCGUCAAGAGGAUCCAGGCGGUGUGGAGUUGUGGCGGGUGCUACUCUCUCUUCCACAUCCCCUGCAUCCAGAAGUGGGCCAAGGACUCUGCCUUCCUCGUUUCCUCCGUGACUGACGAGGACUUUGGUCAGAAGCAGCACCCGUGGCCUUGUCCAAAGUGUCGUACAGAGUACCCGCCCAGUGCCACUCCCAACAGGUAUGUGUGUUACUGUGAGAAGGUGCAGGACCCCCCUGUGGACCCCUGGCUGCUGCCCCACUCCUGUGGUCAGGUCUGUGAGCGACCUCUGACCCCCAGCUGUGGACACACUUGCCUGCUGCUCUGUCACCCCGGCCCCUGCCCUCCCUGUCCGAAGAUGGUCCACGUUGCCUGUAUGUGUGGCAAAGGCCGCCCUCUACCUCGUCGCUGUAGCAACAAGGCCUGGUCAUGUCAACAACGAUGUGGAAAGAUGUUGCCCUGCAAACAACACAGCUGCACGCAGCAAUGUCACUCAGGUCCCUGUGCACCUUGCCCCAGAGUCAGUGUUCAGAAGUGUGUUUGUGGACGGGAGCAGACGGAGAGGGAGUGCGCCAGUCCGUCCUGGAACUGCAAACAGGUGUGUGGAGGGGUGUUGUCGUGUGGCAAUCACACCUGCGACCGAGAGUGUCACGGGGGUCUGUGUGGGGCAUGCCCGCGCACGGGGGAGAGGGCCUGUCCCUGCGGAAAGUCCAAGUGUUCGCGCCCAUGCACGGAGGAGGUCGGGACGUGCGGGGACACGUGUGACCGUCCACUGACGUGUGGGAUACACACCUGCUCCAUGAGAUGUCACCAUGGCAACUGUGAGACCUGCAGACAGGAGGUGGAACGGUCGUGCCGGUGUGGCCGCUACAGCCGCGUGGUGCCCUGUCACAAGGAGUACCUCUGUGACACCAAAUGUCCCAACACCAGGAGCUGCCAGAGACACCAGUGCAGAAGAAAGUGUUGCCCCGGUAACUGCCCACCAUGUGACCAGAACUGUGGACGAUCGUUGGGCUGCCGCAACCAUAAAUGUCCCUCAAUCUGUCACCAAGGUGCCUGCUAUCCGUGUCCGGAGACGGUCCAGGUGAAGUGUGCGUGUGGCUCUUCCUGCUUGGUGGUGCCGUGCGGGAGGGAGCGGAGCACCAAGCCCCCCCGCUGCAAGGAGCUCUGCAGGUCGCCUGCCUCCUGCCACCACCCCGCCAGGGAGGACCACCGCUGUCACCAAGAGGCCUGCCCCCCCUGCCGCCAGCCCUGCCUGCUGGCCCUCACCCGCUGCAAACACGCGUGUCCUGCUCCCUGCCACGACCGGGUGCUCAUCAAGUCUCAACAGGCCAAAGUGGCCGGCCCAUGGGAGCAACCGACGGAGCCAGCCUUCGUACAGAAAGCUCUGCCCUGUCCACCGUGUCAAGUACCUAUACCAACCUCCUGCCUUGGGGAACAUGAGGUGAGUCCUGUUCCAUGUUACAAGCGAGGGCCGUUCACCUGCAAGCGACCUUGCGGACGUCUUCUGACCUGUGGCAACCACACCUGCACCAAGGAAUGCCACACGGUAUCCAAGGGGAACAAGUCGGGGUGUGAGGAGUGUGAGGUGGGCUGCUGUAAGCCCCGCCCUCGCGGCUGCCCCCACCCCUGCUCCCUCCGCUGUCACCCGGGAGACUGUCCCGUCUGUCAGCAGAUGAUCCGCCAGCGGUGCCACUGCAAGAUCACCCUGAUAUACGUAGAGUGCACGAAGCUGCAGUCGGCCGACCGUGAAUCCAAGAUACAGCUGGCCUCCUGUAACAACCAGUGUCCUAAAGAGCUGAGUUGUGGUCACCGCUGUAAGCAGGUGUGUCAUCCCGGUCAAUGUGAGGAGAUAUGUCAGCAGAAAGUGAAAGUAAGAUGUCCCUGCAAGAGGAUCAAGAAGGAGUUCCCAUGCGCUAAACUUCAAGAAGACCAGAGUUUAGUGGAGUGUGACAGCACCUGUAAACAGCAUCUACAGAAAGCCAGCCAGUUGAAGGAGGAAGAGGAGAAGGCAGCAAAGGAGGAAGAGCAGAAGAAGCUCCAGGCGGAGUGCGAGGCGUUUGAGAAGCGACAGAAGGGCAGGAGGAGAGAGAGAAGGAGGAAAGGAGAGGUGGAGGAGGAGAGAGAGAGCUGGGCCAAAUACAAGCUCUUCCUUCUGCUGCCAGUGUGUGGAGUCGCACUGGCCGCUGCUGUCUAUUACCUGAUGUAACGCUGUGUGUGUGUGUGUGUGUGUGUGUGUGUGUGACAUAGAUGCAGAGAACAUGUGUGUGUUGUGUGGGACUUUAUUGUUGAGGUGUACAUGUACACUCAUAGCCUGGCCUUUAACACCGUCCGUGUAUGUCUGGUCUAGUUCCUGAGGCGACUGGAUGAGCCCUAAACAAACACUAAAACAAGCCGUGGUCUACAGCGGUCACCGUGGAAACGACAUUGAUGAUACAUUAAUUCGAUGUGUUUCUAUGCAAAUGAUUUUCUCUAGUGGAAAUAAACGUGAGAAAUGCCAC